AACAGGUAUCACCAUUAGAAAUGCACGAGUAUGAAUCAAUAAAUGAAACAUGUAGCAAGAGGCUAGGUGAAAAAAAGGAAAAAAAGAAAGAAAAGAUUUUUACUCCAGAAUAUGUAAAGCGACUCGAUGGGAUGAUUGAUACUUACAAGAAGGUAUUAAAAGAAGCAAAAGAAGAAGUAGAACAACGGAAACGCUUAAGAAAGAAACAAGAUGACCGUGUAAUGGAGGAAGAAGGAAUAGAAAGUGAUAGUGAUGAAGAUGAAGAAGAUCAAGUGGUGGUAAGUACAGAAUCAAAUAACAAAAGAGGAGGAAAACCAGGUAGUCACGGACGAGAUAGAGGAGGUAGAUGUAGAUUAGUUAAAAAGAAGUAGUUUCACUUAAUAUAGACAUUGUAUAGUGUAUAUAGGUAAAUAUAACUUAUAGGUAGAUAGUUUUUCUUGUAGUUGUGUAGUAUUUAAAGGGGAUCGUGGGUUGACCGAGCGGUAGGCCGAAGCGCCCGGUAUGGAGAGGUUGAAUCAGUGCUUGCACUGGUUACUUCAAUGUGAUUCUUUGAGGUUGCUUUUGUAAAUGGUGCGC